GGAUCCUCAGCCCACGAGAGUGAGACAUUGACGUCGGCAGAAGCUUACCACAGUACGCUCCCUUGGCCCCGAAGGACUAGCUCCCCACGUCUGCGCAUUCUUCAUCGAGGCGAUGUCCCCGAUCGACCAACCUCUUCCUGCCGGGGCGGCAGGCCACCCGAUCGACACGACGACAAAUACCCGGGCCCUCGACGACGACCAGGCCGACUUCUCUCUCGCUUCCGAACCAGUAGCCUUCGACGAGCCCAUCUUUGACAAGUUCUACGAAAUGGACAGCCAGGAGACCCUAACCCCCAGUCCCAACCGGGUCCACUCGAACGAUGCCAUCCCAGAGCUGCCGCCGAAGAGCGCUCUCAGGUCGUCCAGGAUGCUCGACGGCCUUGGACUCAAGUUGGGCGCGUCUAUCAAAGCGGCCGAGCUGGGCCAGGCGACGACGCCCCACGACGUGUACCUGUCAUCCGAAGAGGACGCGUCGUCGGAGGCGGACGACUUUUCCGACUACGACUACGACUCGAGCGUCGAGGACCCCACCUCGCCCACGAGCAGGAGCAGCCACGAGGAUACGGCCAGGGUGGUGUCGGUGGUCUUCUCAGGGAAGCCGUCGCUGGUAAACCUGCCGACGGCGAGGAAACGCCCGACGUCGAGCAGCUCCCUGGGCACAAGCAGGACACGAUCGAGCACCGAGUCAUCGGCCAAGCCGCCGACAGCCCAGACGGUUGGAACCCCGUCGAAGGACCGGCCGGCCACCCCCGCGAGCAUCGCGUCGUCGCAGCAUUCGCAGCCCCAACCGAGCAAGGACGCCUCGCCGAACAGCAGAAGAAGCGUCUUCUUCGCGGAGAUGCUGAAGAAGAAGAAGCCGCCAUUCCUCAGCAUCGACCCCUACGCCAACGGUAGCACCUACGCCCUGGACAUCCCCAAGGCCCUCGACAGCCUCGAGGGUGAGAAUCUCUCGGCGAAGCCGCCGCGCACGCCAACCGCGCUGCUCAAAGGCGUCACGAGGUCCCUCAGCCUGGUCCGGAAGCGCAGCCGGCCCAAUCUGAGCUCGUCAGCGCAGCCUGCCGUGCCGAGGCUAGACACGGCGCUCGCGGCGAGCUCGAACAGGGCGUCCGUGCAAACGCCGGCCACGACGACGCAGGUCAGCGAUCACCACCAACAACAACAGCAACAACAGCGACGACAGCAACAACAACACGAACAACAACAGAGCCAAGAGGAAGACGGGCAGCCGCAACAGGCCUGGCACGACCCCGACGUGCCACCCGCCACGCCGAUCACGUACAACGACAUCCUCAAGGCAGCCAAGAGGAACACGACCAUGUCCAACGGUGCCGCCUCGCUGCCCAGUGAUGUCGUUGUGCCUCCGUCGCCCGGCCCGGCAACGGCGACGGCGACGGCGACGGGCAAGAGGGGCAUCCUGAGCGGCCUGGCGGCGCGGCGAAGAAGUAUCAAGUUGACUGGGAAGGUUUGAAGGAAAAUUAAAUGACUACGCAGGAGGAGGGAGAUGGCGGUUUCUUUGCAUGCAUUUCACGGCGUUGGUGAUGAUUCACGGGGCGGAUGGAUUCAACGGCGUUCCAAUUCAUUCAUCAAACGGCAUGGCAAAGCAAGGCGUUUUGGGGCGAUGAUGACAUCUUUUUUUGGGGGCGGAAUCUACAUGAUUUACACAUCUUGGGUUGGCUGGGGUUUUGGGGAAGGCAAUGAUGAUACCACAGACUGAUUGAUGCAGCAUUUCAGCGCAUUUUCUUCGUUUCUCUGUCUUGAACACUACAAUUCAAGCGUUUCCAGCCAGCAUGCAUGCUGUAAGACUAUACCUUCCGUACAAACCACGCAUCACGCCCGUCAGUAGUCUCCCCAAGUCUUGAUGGUUUGGUGGUCCCUUGAUCACCGUCCUCCCGUUCACAUUUGCUGUCAGCCCUGAAUCAUGUUUCGCAUCUCCUGUUUCUGUUCAUGCACCACCAGGCGCGCAAGACAGCCCUGUAGGCGCGCGCACUGACAAAGAUGCUGGUUUCGAAUGGCCCGGAUGGUGCCUCACCGAGACUGCACCCCUCACUUUGCACGGAGUAGUGUGGGCAGUCCUCGGU